AUGGAUGUAGGGGGUCGGCAGACAACUUUCUUGGUGGAUACUGGUGCAGGAAGGUCAGUUGUAAAUAGCCAGGUUGCUGUCCCAGGUCCCCACUGUAUGCAGGUUCAAGGUGUAACAGGACAAGUACUGGGACGCCAAGUGCUUCAGCCUGUAACAUGUGUGUUUAAAGGCUCCAAGAUCCAGCAUGAAUUUUUAUAUAUGCCUGAAUGCCCGAUACCUUUGCUGGGUAGGUACCUGCUCAGCAAACUAGGGGCCACUAUUUCUUUUGAUGAAGGCCAGCAAAGGAUUCAAGUGAAACAUCAGCCUGAGACUAUGUGGAGGCUAAUGGUGGUGCGAUCAUUAGAGGAUGAGAUACAGGAGGAGACAUGGAAGGAAUUUGGAGUACCAGGGUUGUGGGCGGAAGAUAAUCCUCCGGGCUUUGCCGCCCACCACCCACCGGUCAUUGUAGAAUUGAAACCAGUAGCCGCGCCUGUACAUAUUCACCAGAGAUCAUGCUCCAAUGAGGCUAUAGUUGCAAUAUAUGAGAGUAUUCAAAGGUAUCUGAAGGCAGGGAUUUUGGUGCCUAUCCAGUCGCCUUGGAAUACCCCCAUAUUGCCCAUUAGGAAGCCGGAUGGGUCCUACCGCCCGGUCCAAGACCUCCGGGUCAUCAACUCCAUGACAGUGACCAUUCACCCUGUCGUGCCCAAUCCAUACACUUUAUUGAGCCUGAUUCCACCUAAGGCAGCGUGGUUUUCUGUGAUAGACCUGAAGGACGCGUUUUUCACAAUCCCAAUUCAUGAGGCAAGCCAACCCUUGUUUGCCUUUGAAUGGGAGAACCCUAGGACUGGAUUGAAAUCACAAUAGACUUGGACAAGGCUGCCACAGGGUUUUAAAAACUCGCCCACCCUGUUUGGUACUGCCUUGGGAAAGGACUUACAGCAUUUUGUGCCUCGGCAAAGGGGGGAUACCCUGUUGCAAUACAUGGAUGAUGUGUUGGUAACAGGUCAGACAGAGGAUACCUGUUGGGACAAUACAGCCUCCUUGUUGGGCUUGUUGUCCCAAUGUGGUUAUAGAGUGUCUAGGAAAAAGGCCCAGUUGGUAAAACAGAAGGUGCGUUAUUUAGGGUAUGAUAUUGAGCAUGGACAUAGAGCCUUGGGAUGGGAAAGAAAGCAGGCAGUUUUGGCUAUAGCUGAGCCCACAAACCGGAGACAGUUACGAGGUUUUCUGGGCUUGGCUGGGUUUUGCCGAAUAUGGAUUCCAAAUUAUGCCCUUAUGGCAGCCCCACUAUAUGCAGCCACAAAGGGGGGUGAACAUGAGUUGUUUUGCUGGGAAGGAGAACAGAAAAAGGCUUUUAGGGAUGUUAAGCUAGCACUCACGUCAGCUCCAGCUUUAGCCUUACCAAACCUGGAAAAAGCUUUUAAUUUGUAUGUGGAUACUAGAGAUAAUGUAGCUUUGGGGGUUCUGACUCAACAGUUAGGCCAGUGGCAACGGCCGGUAGCAUGUCUGUCUAAACAAUUGGAUGGGGUGGCACAGGGAUGGCCACAUUGUUUGAAGGUCCUUGCUGCUAUAGCAGUCCUGUUGCAGGACUGUAAUAAAUUGACCUUCUCAUGUCCUGUAAAUGUACACACUCCCCAUGCAGUGCAAGCCAUUUUAGAUAAUAAUGGGCAUCUCUGGAUAAGCAAACAAAGACUUUUUAAAUAUCAAGCAUUAAUGAUUGAAAACCCACAAGUUAAAUUGAUUGUCUCAAAUCGGCUAAAUCCAGCCACUUUGUUGCCAGGAGACAUCAACAUGGAACAUGAUUGCUUGCAAGUAUUGGAGAGUGUUUACUCUAGCAGGCAUGAUUUGUCGGACAUCCCUCUGCAGGCAGCUCAACUCAAUUGGUAUACAGAUGGGUCCAGCUAUAUGCAUGAGGGAAAAAGAGUUUCAGGCUACGCUAUAGUAGAUGAUGAUAAAGUUGUAGAGAGUGGGCCAUUGGGCCCUGAACACAGUGCACAGGUGGAUGAAUUGUGGGCAUUACUUAGAGCAUUGGAAAGAGCUGUGGGUGAGACUUUGAAUGUAUGGACGGAUAGUAAAUAUGCUUUCCUAACAUUACAUGCACAUGGGGCUGUGUACAAAGAGAGGGGAUUUCGUGACUCAGCGGGUAAAUAUGUACAACAUGGAUACCUCAUUCAACGCCUCCUUAUCGCAGUACAGAUGCCAACUAAGGUUGCAGUUAUGCAUUGUAAGGGGCACCAGAGAGGAGUAGAUAAGGUGGCCCAAGGGAAUAGGAGGGCAGACUUGGAAGCUAGGAUUGCUGCUAGAAGAGGAGAAUCCACCAUAGAUCUCUCCAUACAUGUGGCCAUGGAUCUGGGAGUUUUGCCCCCGACUAUCCGGCCAACGUAUUCUCAGCAAGAAUGUGUUAAGGCAGUUACAGACCUCAAGGCAACUAUCAAGGAUGGGUGGUACGUGUUAUCUGAUGGGCGCAUAUUUGUUCCACAGUCCUCAGCUUGGGCUUUGGUUCAAUCGUCGCAUGAUGCUACCCAUAUGGGCAAAUUGGGGUUGGAAGAGGCAUUGGGACGAGACUAUUACAUCAAUGGAGUGGCUGGUAUGGCAGCUCGAAUUGUUUCCCAAUGUGCUACCUGUGCCAAGGUUAACCCUAGGCAAGGACCCCUCUUACCCCCAGGAACCAUACCAUCAUCAUACUUUCCUAUGGAUUCUGUAAUGGUUGAUUUUACUGACAUGCCUAGAUGUGGCUUGUACAAAGCUCUAUUGGUUUUUGUGGAUAGGUAUACGGGUUGGCCAGAAGCCUUCCCCACUAAAACGAAGCAGGCAAGGGAAGUGGCUAGAAUUUUGUUAAAGGAAUUGAUCCCGCGGUUUGGGAGUCCAUCCCUUAUCUCAUCAGAUAACGGGCCUGAAUUCAUACAUCAGAUUAAUCAGGCUGUGGCCCAGUCAGUAGGGUCCAAGUGGCGGUUCCACAGUGCUUUCCAUCCUCAAUCAGGAGGUUCUGCUGAACGAAUGAACCGCACCCUAAAAGAGAAAACUACUAAGAUUUGUGCUGAAAGUCAUUUGAAAUGGCCAGAUGCUUUGCCCUUGGCCUUAUAUGCUAUUAGGUGUGCACCUCGUAGACAAUGUAAACUGUCCCCCUUCUCCAAAGAGCUGGCUUGUGUCCUUCAAUUCCACAACAACAGUAUCAGUAAGUUCAUCCAACUCUGCUGA